CAUAUUUCUUUCAAACGCUGCUCAGAGUUAGACCUGCACAGCCACAUAGAGCCCAACGCUGCUCUUAGUAUGGGGGAAACAAGUACAUACCAGUUCUCUGUGGUCCUCCAGUGGGAUCUGGGGACAGAGAAACUGAAGAAGCUGAAGAGCAAGCUGCUUGUGUAUUUCCAGAGCAAGAGCAAGUCUUAUGGAGGCGAGUGUGUGAUCAAGGAUCUUAAUUGCACCCAGGGAUAUGUCCUCAUCCACUUCAGCCAAGAAGCAGUGCGAGAUCGAGUUCUCCAGAAACAAACCCAUGAGUUGAAUUUACCUGAUGGACAAAAGUUAAAGCUGAAUAUCAGUUUGCAAGAGGCUGGGGAACUAAAUGAUGUAAGUUCACCAAAGGACACCAAGGACACCAAAGCAAAGGAACCUAAAGCCAAAAAGGCUCGGGUUAAGGAAUCUCCAGCCAAAGAACUGGCAUCUUCAGUCAAAGAACCACCAAUUAAGGAAACCUCAGCCAAAAAGACUCUAGCCCAGGAAUAUCCACCUGGAUCCAAAGACACAGAUUUUCAGCAGGAACCAGGUUGUGCAGCACCAGAUGUAAAAACAGAGACAGCAAAUAGUAUGGGACAUGGCACCCCUAACACCGUAGUUCUGAUUGAGAAUCUCCAAGAAUCCUGCACUGCUGAAAUAUUAAACCUCCUGGUGGAAAAUAUCAGUAAUAAAGCCGAGGGCCAAGAGUUUUAUGUGGAAAUGAUUCCUGAGAUCCAAUCUGCUGUGGUCACUUUUACAUGUGAUAUAGAUAUCCCCAGUUUUAUUGUGAAACUCACCAGAAACCGGAGAUAUAAAAAGAUGAAAUUAACAGUGAAGGCUCUGGAGGAAACCAAAAGUAUCCGGGUAGAGAAUCUGCCACCCAACAAAUCUGAUGAUCAUCUGGUGUUUUACUUUGAGAACUCGCGGUAUGGAGGGGGGGAAGUACAGGAGGUGGAGUUAUUACCAGAAGAGAAUGCGGCAAUAGUAACAUUCAGUAAUAUAGAAGAUGCAAAGACAGUGUUGGAGAAGCAGCACGUGUUUAAUAAGAAGCUAAUAUCAGUGUAUCCGUACUAUAUGUCCCAAGGUAUAACACUAUAUGGGAAUAGGGGACCUUGCAUAACAUUACCCAAACCCCUGGAAGUGUCCAUCAGUCCAUAUGUACUGGAAUUUAUACUGGGAGAUCCACAAAGAAAAAACAACAUAAAUAAGAAGAUGGCAGAUAAGAAUUGUGAGAUUACAUGGCCAGAUCCAAACUGCUCCAAUCCCACUAUUAAACUCUCCAUUCCCAGCUCCAUAUCAUCUCAUGUCAGGACUAUGGCUAAGAUUGUACAGACAUGGAAGGAUCAAGUUUCAACAGAAUUUUCCCUUAUUAUUUCCAAGUUCAAAGAUGCAGAGCACAAUGUGAGUCCAUCAGUUUGGGAAGCCAUCAAACAAAAAGUCAGCAGCUCCACAUAUGAGGGAGUUUUGGUCAAACCAGACAUAGCCAAACAGAAAGUCUUCCUUUCAGGACUCUCCAAGGAUAUUAAUAAGAUAGAGAAAAUGUUCAAGGACCUGGUAGAAAGUACCACUAGACAGAUUGAUAGACAAAAUCAAAGUAUAGAAAUGUCUGAACCACUAGCCCCUGCUCUCUAUGAAAUCAUGUGCAAAACUGGCAAUAUAAAGAACAUCCAGUCACAAUAUCCAGAUGUGAAAAUUAAGUAUGAUGUUCCAACCAGUAAAGUCAAGCUCAGUGGAGUCAAAGAAGAAGUUACCAUUACAAAAUAUGAAAUUCUCAAAAUAAAACAACAACUGAAAUUGAAAUCAAUCCAGCUGGAUCACCACAUCAUCCAUUUCUUAGGGUUUACUGAUAAUGCUGAAUUGUCUUGUCUCCUCCUUACACGGCACAAUAUUAAUGCAAUGUUCCAGAUGGAGGAUAAUUCAGUCACACUAACCGGAUUCUCCAUGAAAGAUCUGUCAGAGGCAGAAGAACAGAUGAGACGUGAGUUAGUUUGUAAGCAUUUUACUGUUGAAGACAAUAUGAUUAUCCAAAAAUUUGAGUGGAAAAGUCUCAUUACACAUUUAUGUAAUUCAUUAAACUCAGAGAGAUGCACAGUUGUGAUAGAGGAGUUUCCCAGAGGAGCAAAGAAUCAGGUGGUUAUUGCUGGAUUGGUUCCCAGUGUAGGAAAAGCUUCACAACAGAUCCAUGACUUUCUGGAGAAGAACACUCCCAUACAGAAGGAUAUUUCUGUCAAAUCUGUGGUUGUUAUGCAGUUUAUAAUGCAAGAGAAGAAGCAGCUUUAUGAAGAAAUUAAACGGAACAAUGUAAAUGUUGUUAUGAAAGAGAAAGUUAUCACUCUGAGUGGGUCCAGACUGUGUGUUCAAGAGGCAGCCAACAUUAUAGAAAGGGUUCUCUCCACUCUGCACACGAAUAUUGUGUGCAUUAAGAAGCCAGGAGCCAAGAAGUUCUGUAUAAAUAACCAGGAAAUGUAUUUUAGUGUACUAAAAAAUAAAUUCCAGUGCUUGGUUCACUUUCAGAAGGAUGGAGAAGACAUCACUACUAGUUCAUUGAAUCUCAGUGAACCUCACUUCCAAAUAGACUUACCACAUGGAAUGACCAUAGCAGUCUAUAAGGAUGACCUGACCCAUCACCAUGUUGAUGUUGUAGUUAAUGCAACCAGUGAAGAUCUAAAGCUCACUGAGGGGGUGGCAUUAGCCCUACUGAAUGCAGCAGGGCCCAAACUACAAACAGAAUGUCAACAUAUUUUAAAAACAGAAGGGAGAUUAUCAGCUGGUGAUUCAGUAGUUACAGGUGCUGGUAAUCUGCCGUGCAAGCAGGUUAUACAUACUGCUUGCCCCAAGUGGGAUCCAAAGUCAAAGACAAAAUGCAUACGACUGCUCCGGAGAGCAAUAAUCGGGUGCUUAGAACUGGCUGCAGAAAAUAAACACAGUUCCAUUGGGAUCCCAGCUGUUGGUUCCCAAAUGUCUGGCUUCCCUGUUAAUGUCUGCGCACAAAACAUUGUGGAGUCGGUUCGGCAGUAUGUGGAAAGCCCAGAAAGAUCUAAGACUGUUAAAAUAAUUCAUCUUGUUGAAUCUGCUGAUGAUACGGUUGCGGCUUUCACUGAGGCUGUCAAAACUGAAUUUGGGGAUAAUGUCUCAGAAACCUCCCGUAUAGGCAACAUCAAUCCCAACAAAUGGAAAAGUUCAGAAACCAAAGAACCACCAAGAAGGUCAGAGGGCCAAAUGGCAACAACUAAAGAGGGGGUGAAUAUUAAAAUAGUCCAAGGAAAUAUCCAAGGUGCAACAACAGAAGUCAUCGUGAACAGUGUGGGGAAGGACCUGGAUCUUAAUACCGGCGCAGUUUCAAAGGCACUAAAUGCUAAAGCUGGAACCAAAUUUCAGGAACAAUUAAAAGAAAUGAGCAGUGGGACCCAAGUGGAAGAAGGUUCGGUAUUUGUCACUGAUGGAUUUGGUUUGAACUGCAAGAAAGUCAUUCAUGUUGUGACUCCCGGGUGGGAUCAAGGAAAGGGUUCUUCUAAGCAGAUAUUAAGCAUGAUCAUGAAGAACUGCCUGAGUACCACAGAGAAGGAGAAACUGAAAUCCAUAACUUUCCCUGCCAUUGGAACAGGAGCUCUUGGUUUCCCUAAAGAUUUGGUGGCUUCCUUAAUGUUUGAUGAGGUUCUGAAAUUCAGCUGCGAAAAUAAAGGUGGCCACCUGCAAGAAGUCAACUUUCUGUUGCAUACAAGUGACACAGAGACUAUCAAGGCUUUUAAGAGUGGUCUUUCUAAGAAAACAGAAGAAGAGGAAUCAAGUCGUCAAACUAGGGAAGGAAGAAAAGCAGGUUUAUUUGGAUCAGUCUCAACCCCAACUCUUGGAGUCCAUGAGAUAAAAAUUGGACCCCUUACAUAUCAAGUGAAAACAGGAGAUAUAACCAAGGAGAGCACUGAUGUUAUUGUUAAUUCCUCAAACAGCUCCUUUACACUAAAAACAGGUGUUUCCAAGGCAAUUCUUGAGGCUGCAGGAAAGAGUGUGGAAGAUGAAUGCACCAUACUAGGUGCCCUGGAUACUAAAGGAUAUAUCAUCACACAGAAGGGUAAUCUGCUCUGCCGUCAUAUUAUUCAUGUGUAUGCAGUAUCAAAACCUGAUAGGAUUAAAGCCUGUGUACUGGAUGUUCUGCAGGAGUGUGAGAAUCUCAAGGCCACAUCAGUCGCCUUCCCGGCAGUGGGAACAGGUGUGGGUGGGAUGACAUCUGCUGCUGUGGCUGAUACCAUGUUGGAUGCUGUUGAAGAGUUUGUCACCUCAAAAUCCCCCACGUCUGUACAGACAGUAAAAGUCAUUAUCUUCCAGCAGAAAAUGUUGGAGGAUUUCUAUAAGAGUAUGAUUAACAAGGAGGAAAGUGGUCUCCUGGCACAGUCUGGGUUUAUGGGUGCGAUACAAUCCUUUUUCAACUAUUUUACUGCAAAGAAAGAAGAACCACAGAAGCCAAAGUUUUAUAUUCCGAAACAAAACAUUGAACCAGCUAUUUUCCAUCUUUGUGGAGAAGAUAAACAUAAAGUGAUGAAGGCAUCUUCUUGGCUAGAAAGGCUUUUGUUGAAGGAGCAACAUGAGGACAUUAUCUCUGAUGCCUGGAUCCUAGAGUUUGAAGAGCAGGAGCUGAAGAAAUUAACUGAGCUUCAAAAGAAAUCUCAAGUGUCCAUUUCUAUUGAACCUCCAGGCUCUGAUAUCAAAGUAUCAGGUCUCACAAGAGAUGUUUUUGAUAUAUCCAAAGAAAUCCACACUAUUAUAAAAAAUGUUAAUUACAGGAAAACAAGGGAGCGGGAGGCUGAGUUCUAUAGUAAUCUGGUGGAAUGGAGAUACCAUGAUGGCACUAGGUUUGUUUCCUUUGACAAAAUGUCCAAUCUGGAUCUAGAAAAGGCCCAGAAUGAGGGCACACAAAGUCUCACUGUUGAUGUCAGCGGAGUUAAAUACACAGUUAACAUGGAGCGGAAAUUUGCAUUAGAUAGUAAAGGAAAGAGUGUUGGGAUAGAAAGAGUAUCUAAAAGUGGUCUGUCUACUAGUUUACCUGGCAACUGGGAUCCGAUGGAUACAGAACAGCUGAAAAUUUUGCCUUUGAAAUCCGGUGACCAAGAAUAUAACAGUGUCCAGGGGAUGUUUGCACAGACCUGUCAGAUGAAGAUCAUUACGAUUCAGAGGGUACAGAACCAGUACCUAUGGCAGAACUACACGAUUAAAAAGCAGAGUAUUGACACCAAGAACGGUUCCACCAACAACGAGAAGCAGCUGUUUCAUGGGACUGAUCCCAGCACAAUAAAUAAUGUCAACAAUAAUGGCUUCAACCGCAGCUAUGCCGGGAAGAACGCGUCUAUAAUUGGGAAUGGGACUUACUUUGCUGUUGAUGCCAAUUACUCUGCUGAUGACACCUACUCCAAGCCUGACACAAGUGGCCAUAAACACAUGUACCUGGCGCGGGUCCUCACUGGCACCUUCACUACUGGGCAGAAAGACAUGAUCGCUCCUCCACCUAAGAACCAAGCAAACCCAACGGAUCUGUAUGACAGUGUAACGGAUAACUUGAACCAACCUUCAAUGUUUGUCAUAUUUAACGAUAUCCAGGCAUAUCCUGAGUAUCUCAUCACAUUUACUAGAUAAUAAAUUAUACACUAGACACUAUACCAACACUGAAUAUAUGAGUAGUGAAAAGGAGAUUUUCUUUUUUAAAGGUUUUUAUUUUGCAUUUUAUAACAAACAAACAAACAACAAAACAACAAAACAUUCAUGGUUCUGUAUUUAGUAUAGCAGUCACAGUACAUUAUACACUUUCUGAGUUCCUGGGUGAAUCGCGUUUACUCAUAUGAAACAAUCUAGUUGGGGUUAAGUGAAGUCUGUGUAGGAUUUUGAAUUGAAUCAAUCUGUCUCUAGUUGAAACCAAGUAGUCAUAUGCUCUGUCAGUUGCUUCUUCCCACUCAUCGUCUUCCAGCUCUGGGAUGUCUCUAAUCCAGGCCAUAUUUGCUGGAUGAUUGAUGGAAUGGAGGUUUAAUAGUGGCUACGAGGAGCGAGUAUAGCGUGGUGAUGAGUCUCCUGGAGGAGGUGGCUCUAAGGGCUGAUUCUAUCUUAGUGACUGUAAGAGUUGUGGUGUUCCCCUGAAAUUGGGUAUUAGUAGCCUGUCUCAGCUGGAAUAGUUUGAUUUCAUUACUGGGCCAUAUCCUUCCUUCUUUGAAGAUGGUCCCCAAGUGUGCGUAGACCCCAUUACGGCCAGAUUCUGUACUCUGCUAUGUGUUGCAAAUGUGGGAGGAAGGAGUUUCCCCAUAGGGGUUAAUGUGGCAAGAAAAGAGGUUGUGUAAUAUUGCAAACUUUAAGUGCUGCCACCCAUGAUUUGUAGGGGGUGAUUAUAGCUGGGUGGUUUGUGCGUAAAUCAGGCAGUUUGCAGAAAUGAAUGUGUGUGAGUGACUCUGUUGAGCUUGUUAAUGUGGCCUGGAGUGGGAAGUUUGGGUUAUAUGGGUCUGGGUUGAGCCACCAGUGUAUAUAGUAAAUCUGGGCUGCCAGUGAGUAAAGGUACCAAUGUGGGAGAUCCAGCCCCCCCCCCUCACAGUCUGGGGCCCUUAGUUUGGUUUUAGCAAACCUGGGGGGCUGGUUUAUCCAGAGAAAGGCUGUGUCAAUGGUGGUGAAGAAGGUAGGGGAUGGGGACUGGGGAAUAGUGGAAAACAUAGAGGAAAUUAGGGAGGAAGAUCAUUUUUAGGAGAUUGAUCCUGCCCCAGAUUGAUAUUGAAGGUUGGACCACACUUUUAGUUUAUCUUUCAUAGUGGUGAGUAUUGGCUCAAGAUUAGAUGGUAUGAAAGUGUCUAGGUUUCGGUGUAUCAUGAUGCCAAGGUAUUUGAAUGGGUCCACCCAAGCCAGGGGUGGGAGGAAAUUAAUGUUAGUAUCAAUGGGAAAUAUGCUCGAUUUCUCCCAAUUAAUCUUGAGCCCUGAAAACCAUCCAAAUUGGUCUACUAUGCUCAGGACCUCCUGUAGGGAAUUUCCUGGGUUGUCCAGGUAUAGCAGUAUAUCGUCCGCAUAGAGUGAGAUGCGUUCUUCUACUCUCCCCAAGCGGAGUCCUGUGAUGUUAUUUGCCUGGUGUAUGAGUAUUGCCAAAGGCUCCACUGCCAAAGCAAAGAGGAAUGGUGACAAUGGACAUUCCUGUCAAGUGCCCCUAUAGAGUUUGAGUGAUGUUGAGAGGUGGCCAUUAGAUCUGACUCUUGCUCCCGGUGAAAAGGAGAUUUAGUGUACUCUCCUUUAAAUCUCUUUCUCUCCUAUGUCCCCCAAGCAGACAAUGGAUAAAUAUACUUUGCAUUUUGUUCUUUAAAAGGCUGGUUCACCUUUAGGUUAACUUUUAGUAUUCUAUAGAAUAGCCAAUUCUAAGCAACUUU